AUGCCGACGGUCGAGAUGAAGCUUCCGCCGCUCGACCAGAUGUUUUUGGUUGGGAUAUGGAUCGAGACGUUGCUGUAUGGUGCGUGUGUCAUUCUCGUGUUUGCGACCGCCGUCCGCAUCCUCCUGAAAAAGCGUUCCACUGGGACGUUCUCCAUAUUCUUGCUUUCGGCAUCCUCGUUUCUCUUCAUCAUCUCCACCAUCUACGUCAGCGUGUGCCUCCGGCAGCUCCUCGAGGCAUUCAUAUGGGGUCCCCCAGGGCAAGCGACACUUUAUUUCGCGAACGAGCCAUACAAGCUGUCCAUUCUCAAGCUUGUGCUGUAUAACGUUAACGUAUGCACCCAGGAUCUUAUUCUCAUUUGGCGACUUUGGGUCGUGUGGGGACGCAAAUGGAUGAUGGUUGUCUUGCCUCUCACCCUCGAAGCCAUUCGGUUCUCCUCCAACCUCGUCGCCAUCGUCCGUGGUGCGCACCCCAACAUCCCGAUCUUCGACCCGAUCAUCCACCGCUGGUCGAUUGUCACCUGGUCCAUGGACCUCACAAUCAACGUCGGUGUCACACUCCUCCUCGCGUACCGCCUCUUCAUGUUCGGCCGUGCCGUGCCCACGCCGCACGGGCGCAACAACACGUACGCGAGCAUCAUAUAUACCGUCGUCGAGUCCGGCCUACUGUUCUCGGCCGCGACAAUCGUCGUCGUCGCGCUGUACCUGUCGGGGAGCAGCGCGGUCGUCGCCGCGCUGGAUGUGACGGUUCAGAUCGCGACGAUCUCCCCACUACUCAUCGUCGUACGCAUCGGGCUUGGGCUCACGCACGGCCAGACGGUCGCCUCGGCCGUCUACUCCACCACCAGCUACGGCGCGCACUCGCAGACCCAGUCGCGGACGCUGCCGCCGCUCAGCGCUCAUGCGCCCGUCGUGCAGAUCGGCGGCGCGGGCGCGCGGAGCCCGCUCGGAGGGCCGAUCAAGGUCGACAUCACGCGCUCGGUGGAUAUGUAUACGCCGAGCGGGCGUGGGUACGAGAUGGAGGUGUUAAACGAGAAGGGGCUCGGGAGCGCGAGCGCAAGCGAGGGCGGGAGCGUCGUAUGAGGUCACGAACCCUGCGUGGGUUGUUAUUGUCGCUCUUGUUUAAUUAUUCACGGACGGCUUCCGUUGUAUGCACAAACUGCCACAAGGGAUGUAAUUUACUCUACAUACAUGGUUUCUACGCAUAUGAGGCGUAAUAGUUUCCCAGAGGGAAACAUCACC